CUUUGGUUAUUAUUGAAAAGAUUCUGUGGCAAAGAAAUAAAUUCACACAAAAGUCUGUUUUUCUAAUUUUUGCCAUAGCCUCUCAAUCAGAAAUUGUUUUCGCAACUAAUCUUACAACAACUAUUAUCAGUCUAAAAUGGAAGUGUUGGUUGCCAACGUUGAUCAUAUGAAAUUCGAUAUAGAUUACGCUUUAGAACAACAGUAUGGAGCCCUACCGCUACCCUUUCCCGGGAUGGACAAAUCUACAGCGGCUGUGUGUGAAUUCUUCAGUCAACCUGGUGGAUGUAAUAAUGGGCCCCAGUGCCCAUAUCGGCACGUGAGGGGAGACCGAACAGUCGUCUGCAAGCAUUGGCUGCGUGGACUCUGCAAGAAAGGGGACCAGUGUGAAUUUCUCCAUGAGUAUGACAUGUCAAAGAUGCCAGAGUGCUAUUUCUACGCUAGAUUUAACGCUUGUCAUAAUAAAGAGUGCCCAUUUCUUCAUAUUGACCCUGAAAGUAAAAUUAAGGAUUGUCCAUGGUAUGACAGAGGCUUCUGCAGACACGGCCCACACUGUAGACACAGGCAUGUAAGAAGAGUGCUGUGCAUGAAUUAUCUGUCAGGAUUCUGUCCCGAUGGAUCCAGCUGCAAAUACAUGCAUCCAAGGUUUGAACUGCCUGCACCACCAGAACAGACCAAGGAUGCCAAACGUUUACCUGUUUGUCAUUACUGUGGUGAUGUGGGACAUAAAGCAUCUUCAUGUCAUAAGCUUCCACUUGAACAAAGGGAAGCUGCACAGAAACAAGAAGAAGCCCGAUACAGAGCUUUGGGUUAUAUUAAACCUGCAAAUGAUGGUGAAGAACCUCGUAUCCAUCCAAGGCUACUACACAAGCCUCUAGAAGAAGUUACAUGUUUCAAAUGUGGUACCAAAGGCCACUAUGCCAACAAAUGUCCUAAAGGUCACCUGGCCUUCCUGUCGAAUCAACAGGGCAACCAGAACAAUCAUCCAUUUAAAAAACCAAACUAGUAUAAGUAUGUGAAGCCUUCGUAAGGCUUCAAGACUUUAUUAAUGUGAUUGUAUAUAGUGUGUGACUAGAAUUAAUAAGUUUACAUUUUCCAUUUUACAAUAAGUUAAUGUUAAUAACAUUUUGGAUUGCAGAGACUAUACUAGGGCCUUUCUUGAUGAGUACUGUUUACAAACAAAGAAAUUAAAAAUGAAGGUAGAGAACACAUUUCAUUUCAUAACUCAUUUAUUUUAAAUUAUGUAUGGUUUGUUUAUAAAUUGUGAUAUAAAAUAUAUUAACCAAAUCUAAUUGUUCUAAGCUUAUUAAUCAAAUUUAUUUUCAUUAAUUUAGGAGUAAAUUACAACUAUUAUUAGGUGUGAAAUGACUAGUGAUUUAUACCUUCAUUUUUAAUUUCUUUGUUAGUAAACAGUACUCAUCAAGGAAGGCUGCAGUAUAGUUAAGUUACCAUGAACCUUAUUCUUCAUAAUUGAUAUAACAACAUGAAACAAUGUCUCUGUAAUGACGCACCAAAAGACACAGCAAAGCAGCAGUUUUUAAUAAACUACUGACAUUGUUAGCACUAAAAUAAAGCAAAAAACUAAUAAUACUUUUUUGCUUAGGUCACCUUUGAGAUUCAUUGUUUUUUUUACUGUCCGUGUGGAAUUAGUUUUUCACAAAUCCUGCAGGAACCAAGGAUAUUAAUCAAAAAUGCUGUCUUAAGAUGAAAGCGGUCUAACUUGCAAGAACGACAAGAUUAUUUAACCACUACCUCUGAUGAUUUGCAGUAUGUAAAAAAGUUAUAUUACCUCAUUAUUUGAUUUUGUUCAAUACCAGCAAUGUUAACAAGCUCUAGCUUUAAUUCUAUGUAAAUUGUGAAUUUAGCAUGAUAUGGAAAUUUUGUUUGGUACAACUUACAUGCAAAAUGCACUGUACUUAUUUUCAUGGUAUUUGUAGGCAUAGUAUCAGGAAUAUAUAUACUAUACUUUAAAGUGUAUAUGAAGCUUUCUGUGUCAAUUUUUUGUUCUGAAACACCAAAAUUUACCUUAGUUAUUGCUCACACCACUUCUGUUAUUGUUUGAAUUUAGAAAUUAUAUUGUAUUAUAAUGUAAAAUGAAAUUAUAUAUAAAUAAGUAAAUAUUUUCAAAUUUCUUUUAAAUCCAAUUCAAGGAAUAACAACUUGUAUAUGUAUAUAUAUAUAUAAUAAAAAGUUUAAUUCAAAUAUUAAGUUGCGUUAGAUGUUAUACCUGUUGUUGAAGUGAAAUAAUGUCUACAAGAUGUACACCAUUAAGUAAAAGAA